UGAAAGAUUGAUUGCUUUUGGUCUGUUGGGAAGGGUGAGGAGCAUCCUGGUGGACCUCGGGAUUCCUCAGAAGAUGGAAGAAGAGCGCAGUCUAAAUAAAGAGCGUCUGGAGGCCAGUUUGACGUGGCUGUGUGAACUGGAGAUACUGAAGCAGCGGCAGGAGAGCCUGGUCCUCGGUGCCCUGUCGCUCGGGGACUCCGUGGCGGGAUGCCCUGCUCGAGGUGAUGUGGGACCGGCCCGCAGCAGCAGAGAGCAGGAGCAGCUCACUUUAAGACGGCAGCUGAACCGACUCCAGGGUGCCCCCAGCCUGCUGAUGCUGGCACUGCAACAGCAGCUCAGUCAGUUGAGGUUGGAUACAGGACUCGCAUGUGAGCAGAAUAAUGAGGAGGAUUUGGACAGUCCCAGUGCGUCCAGCUCAGGGUUUUAUGAGCAAAGUGAAAGUCUGUCUCCUCCAUUGCAUUCCUGUUCCUCCCCAGACCUCAAUGUCUCCUGUCACAGGCCCAGAUCUGUGGAUGCCUACAUGCUGGACUGGCAGGGUCAUACGGAGCCCACAGUACAUACCACCCUACCCCACUCGUUUUCUUCCCCGUACCCCCCACUGGAGGGUAUUGCCGAGGGAACAGAGGAGGAAGAAGAUGAUGAAGAAAGCCCUCAGUGGGUUACAGAUCGGAUAGCUAAUGGGAAUAAAAGCCUUACGCCAGAGAUGAGCCUGAAUUCUGAUGCUGAGGCAGAUUCUGCAGUGAAGAUAGAUGAUGGGCCAACAGAAGAAGACAUCCAGCAGGCUAUGCGUGUGGAGAUGUACAUCCUGGGACUACUGCAGCGGCGACACUUUAGAUCUACAGCAGAGCUCAACUCUGAUCCCGAUCAGUGGCAUGACUUACACACAUACCCACCUAGUUACCCAGAACUUGACCAAUCGCAAUGGCAGGAAUGGACUACUCUCUCUGAUGAAGAGAAUAAGCAUGAAUCCCAAGAUGGAUAUUACAUGAACCUUCCCAAUUCCAAAGUUGGACCAACCUCCCUAAGCAGCGACGAGCCAGAAUCCUCCUUGGAAAUGGAUCAGUAUGGGAUCGAAGAAGUCUACACUAGUAGCAAUGUCUCCCCCCGGCAUCAACCGGUUUACAUCGAACACCGUCCCACAAUGUCAGACACUAUGAAACCCCACAUUCACACCUGCUGCAAUCACACCUGCGUACCUACAUUGUCAACUGCUGAGUCCCAUGAGCAACACCAGCCCAUUCCAUCCCAAAAGUGGGCCCUUCUUCAGUCCCUAGCCAGAAUGAGUCCAGAUGAAAGGUGGACAACUCUAGGAGAGAGACAAACCAAGUCGACCAUCCGUUCUCAGUCAGAGGACAGUUGCGCCUCUCAAGGUUGGACCACCCAGCCGGAGCACAAAUACUAUACGGUGGGACGGGACAUGGGCAGGCAUCAUAGUGAUGAAUUGUAUCCAUCUAAUCAGCGGCUCUGGUGCUCCUCGGCAGAUCUCAGUCAAGAAGAGGAUGAGGGGAUAUUCAGAGAAGACGUGCACAAAUCAAUCAGACUAAAUCAGUCACCUGCCAAGUGUAUCAGUGUUCAGUUCCUGGAGCAGGACCUGAGGGUGCAAGAGUGGUCAGAGGCCACAACUGCACCGCCCAAUGGUUCAGACUCCAGUCUGAGACAGAAUUUCUCUCCAGGAACCAGUUCAGUGUCCAGUGAUUCAGAUGAGAGCGCAGGGCUGGUCUGGCCUCAGCAACUGCCCCCUCGCUUGCCCCCAUCCUCCUCUUCUCCACAGAAUCCCUCCAAUGCCAUGGUCAAGAUUAAAGCCUCCCAUGUGCUCAAAAAGAAGAUCAUGAGAUUUCGUUCAGGCUCUCUCAAACUCAUGACAACUGUCUGAGUCUGGCCAUAAACAUAUCUGCCUAUUUAUAUCUUAAAAUUCAAUUGAGAACAUUAUGUAAUUCACUUCUUAAGCCGUGACGUACUGAAUACUGCUUCCGGAUCCAAGCCUCUACUCUCAUUUCAAAUAAGAAUACUAUCCCAUCAGCCAUUUAUGAGCACUCAUUUAUGGCACACUUUUAAGCUAAGCUUUUAAAAACUUACGGUGUACUAUCUUUGGCCUUACAAACUUAUGGAUACUAUUUUUUUUUUACAAUUUAAAAAAAAUGUUUUCAGUAUAGAGAUAAGGUUAGAUUCAUGUUAUUCUGUCGUACUUUGUACUCUGUAGUAUGUUAUUUGCUUUUGGGAUCUGAUAGAGAGUUUGGACUCAGAAACUGUGACAUGAUGUCAAAUUUAACCAGAUUUACACUUCUGGGAUUAUUGUAUCUUUCUUCUUGUUAAUAAAAGAUCUGAUGAGAUGCAACCACAAGAUACAAAGCAAACCCACUAAGCACACCAAGCCCCUUACAAGAUCAUACUAUUUUGGAUUUUUGGAUUUUCACCCAAAAAUGAAGAUUCUGUCAUGAUUAACUCACCCUCAUGUCGUUCCAAACCUGACUUUGUUUCUUGUGUAGAAUACAUUUUGUCAUUACAAUGGAAGUCAAUG